AUGUCCCAGCAGAAGCAGCCAUCUGCAAAAUCCCCAGAUGCUCUCCAAUGCUCCCCACCUCAAUGUCCACAUGCGCAGUGCCUGCCCCCCUGCUCUGCUCCCUGUGCAGAGCCCUAUUCAGGAGACCGUUCUUCUUGUCCCCUAAGCACCGCUGCUCAGUGUGCAGCCUGCCCCAAGAGAGCCCGCCGCCAGCCCCGCUGCGUCAGCGGGGGCACAACCUACCACUGCCAAGAGGAGGAAUGCUAA